CAUUUCCAUCCUCGUGCGGCCACUCCUCCCCCAUCACCGCCCCUCCAUCUCGCGGCGACGCCCACCUCAUCACCGCCUCCUCCGACGGCACCUCUGCGCCUGGACCCACCGUCCCACGCUGGCCGCCGCCGAAGGAGGCUCCCUCCAUGGGCCGGGUCGCCGUCUCUCAUCCGCGUGCUUCCUCCGGCGAUCGCCACGUGUGCGUCGCAUGCACGGGUGGCGGCGACGGCGGCGCCUCGGCCGUGCUCAUCGUGGACUGUUCGGCGGCUGAGUGUGGUUCGGAGUAUAGCUCAUGGCGUGUUGGGGAUUUGGUUGAUAAGGUCUAUGGUUUUGGUGGGUGAAGGAUGGCGGUCUUGGCUGGGUGGGAGCCGGCAGGGUUUCGGACGUUGAAGUUGGAGGAGGAGACUGAGGCUCUGGAUGCUGUGAUUCCCGAGGAGGGUUGCGACUGUGGGGCACGGGAUGUCGCGAUUUCUGAAGAUGGUAAGUUGCUGGCUUUGAUUUUUGAAUCUCGAUGUGUGUUUAAGUUGGUAGCUGAUGGAGCUGAGAUCGGGGAAGUUUCUUAUGAGGAUAUGCAUCCAAUUGUUGGAGGCUCGUUUGUUUCUAUGGAGAAGUUUAUUAUGUGGAGUAAUAGUGGUGCUGCGGUAGUGUAUAGUAUGUUGAGUUUGGAUGGUGUGGUUAGGUUUGAGCCUUUGUGUGAGAUUCCGGCUGUGGGUUAUUCAGUUGAUGAGAGGUCAAUUUUUCGUUUCUGUCAAUUUAAGUGUGACUUUGUUCGUUUGCGAUCAUUAUGUUUUGAGUUGGGAGACUCGUUAUUGUGGAAGCCUUAUAUAGAAAUCUGGUCAAUUCCACAAAGUAAUAGCCGUGAGGGCAUUAGUUCAAGCAUUUUACUCAGAGAAGGAGGGUUUCCUAGUAAAACUUUUCAACAAAGAGGGAUUCCGAACUCUGAAAUUGGUGAGUGCAGUAAGAAUGGUGUUGCAUUGAAUGAGCGGGCUGUAUCGUCCUCAAUGGUGCUGUCUGAGAAAUCCUAUGCUCCCUAUGCUGUUAUAUAUGGUUUCUAUGAUGGGGAGAUAGAAGUAGUCAGAUUUAUAAAUCUUUUUCCAAAGGUGAAUUCUCCUUUUAAAAAUCAAGACGAUCAAUCCCAUUCAUGCACAUCAGAGAAGUUCUUAUCAGGACACAGAGGCGCAGUCCUUUGCCUGGCAGCACGAUGUAUCACCAUAAACUCUGAAGAAGAAACGGUCUGCAGGGUAUUAGUAUCCGGAAGUGCAGAUUGCACAGUGCGCAUAUGGGAUAUUGAUUCUGGCAAUGUGCUUUCAGUAUUGCACCAUCAUAUAGCACCGGUCAAGCAAAUUAUACUACCGCCACCUCAGACUAACUGUCCUUGGAAUAGUUGCUUUCUCUCGGUUGGGGAGGAUUCUUGUGUUUCUCUUGUUUCCCUUGAGACGCUGCGCGUUGAAAGAAUGUUCCCUGGACAUCCUUUUUAUCCAUCUGUGGUUGCUUGGGAUAGCAGAAGAGGUUAUAUAGCUUGUCACUGCCGUAAUAUCUCAUCCUCAUCAUCUUCCUCAUCAUCUGAUACAAGUAGUGUUUUAUACCUUUGGGAUGUGAAAUCAGGUGCUAGGGAGAGGGUAAUUCGAGGCCCAGCUUCUCAUUCCAUGUUUGAUCAUUUUUGCAGAGGUAUUAGCACAAAUUCUGUUACUGGAAAUAUACUCGGCGGCUGUACUUCUGCCUCAUCACUACUAUUUCCUUUUUUUGAUGAUUUGGAUUUGACACAAUCUCAUGUAAAGAGGAACGAGAAGGGUAAGGGCACAAUGCCUACCGCUGGAAUCUCUCAUGUGAGGAGUACAGAUCUUUCUGGGAUGGGGAAGGGAAAGUCACCAUUGCAAAGUGCAGGGAAUAAUUCUGAUUCUGCUGCCAUUAGCUCCAAAGAGCAUGUUUCAUUACUAAAAGUUCAUCGAAAUACGAUGCAUCCAGUUAAAUCUUCUUGUGCGUUUCCUGGUAUUGCAACUCUGGAGUUUGAUCUUUCAUCCCUUAUGACUAUACACUUUGCAGAAAUUAGUGAUAAGCAAGUAAUUACUCAUGUUAUCAAGAAUGAUGUGAAAGAAACAACUUUGCAGCAAGGUGCUCUGCAGGAUAACUCCGAUGUGAGAGGAAUUGAGAGUGACCACAUGAAAGAUUCAAUGGAAGAAUGUUUACUUAGGUUUAGCUUAUGUUUUCUUCAUUUAUGGGAUGCCGAUACGGAGUUAGACAAAUUACUGAUGGAUGAAAUGGGUGUCUUUAAGCCAGAUGGUUUCUAUGUAGCUUCUGGGUUGAUAGGGGAUAGAGGCUCCCUUACUUUGUUGUUCCCUGGUUUGCACGCCACAUUAGAGCUUUGGAAGUCUUCAUCAGAAUUUUGUGCUAUGAGAUCUCUGGUCAUUGUAUCUCUGGCUCAACGUAUGAUCAGCUUAUCUCAUUCGAGCACGACUGCCAGCAGUGCAUUGGCAGCAUUCUAUACUCGCAAUUUCGCAGAAAAAGUUCCAGAUAUAAUGCCCCCUUUACUUCAGCUGUUAGUGAGCUUUUGGCAAGAUCCUAGUGAACAUGUGCGCAUGGCUGCACGUUCAUUGUUCCAUUGUGCUGCACCACGUGCUAUUCCACGUUCCCUUUGUGGUCAGAAAAACAGACCAGAGGGUGCUUUGAACAUAAUGGAAGAACAUGGCCCAUCAAAUAACGGGCAUAUCUCUAUGAAUAUUGACAUGGACUCUGAAAGGCCCAUAGGAUUUGCUAGUUCUGUUGGGGCUCAGAAAUCUAGCAUGGUCUUGUGGCUGGAAUCUUUUGAAAUUCAUGAGUGGAUCUCUUGGAUUGAGGGGACAAACCAGGAUGCAAUGGCUUCUCAUAUCCUUGUUGCAGCAGCAUUAGUUGUUUGGUAUCCCAGCAUAGUGAAAGAUGAUCUUGCCAAGUUGGUUGUAGACCACCUACUCAAGUUAGUUAUGUCCAUGAAUGAUCGAUAUAGUUGUACUGCCGCAGAGCUUCUAGCUGAAGGAAUGGAAAGCACAUGGAAAACAUAUCUCGGCCCCGAAAUACCCCACCUAGUUGGGGAUAUAUUUUUCCAGAUUGAAUGUCUAACCAGUAAUCCGGCUAAUAAUGCAACAGAUAAGCCAGCGCUAGCUGUUAAUAUGCGUGAGGCUUUGAUUGAAAUUCUUCUGCCAAGUUUAGCAAUGGCUGAUAUACCGGGAUUUCUAAAUGUGAUUGAAGGCCAAAUUUGGGCUACUUCCUCAGAUUCUCCUGUUCAUCGAGUAUCACUUAAAACUCUGAUCCGGGUGGUGCGUGGUUCUCCAAAGUCCUUGCCUCCUUACCUUGAUAAGGUUGUCGGCUAUGUUUUACAGACUAUGGACCCUGGGAACUUGGUCAUGCGUAAAGCUUGCCAUAGCAGCUCCAUGACCGCGUUAAGGGAAAUUACACGUGUAUUUCCAAUGGUUGGAAUGAAUGAAUCAUCUACAAGAUUGGCUGUUGGAGACGCUAUCGGAGACAUUCACAGUGUUACUAUUCGAGUAUAUGAUAUUGAAAGUGUGACAAAAAUUAAGGUUUUGGAUGCAAGUGGACCCCUAGGUCUUCCAACAUUUCUUGAAGGAGCAUCAAAAACAAAGAUGGCUACAGCAAUAUCAGCGUUGAGUUUUUCACCAGAUGGAGAGGGACUUGUUGCGUUCUCUGAGAAUGGGUUGAUGAUUAGAUGGUGGUCCUUAGGGAUCGGUUGGUGGGAGAAGCUCAGCAGAAAUCUUGUUCCUGUACAAUGCACCAAACUGAUAUUUGUACCUCCAUGGGAGGGCUUUUCACCAAAUUCUUCUCGGUCAAGCAUAAUGGCAGGCAUAUUUGGGCAUAAUAAGAGGAACUAUUCUCAGGAUAGCCCAAGGGAAUUGGAUGAGGCGGAUAAUCUCAAGAUCUUACUUCAUAAUCUUGAUUUAUCUUACCGGCUACAGUGGGUCGGUGGGAGGAAUAUUCUUCUUACCCAUCAUGGUCAAGAGUUGGGCACGUACCCACUCUGAUCAUAUUUUACCUUUGCUGUGGUUUGAAUUUGUUUCCUCGAAGGCUGGUUCAAUAUGACAUUGAAGCUUGUGGUUUGAAUUUGUUUCCUCAAAACGCUGGUUCAAUAUAACAUUGAAGCUUGAGGAUAACAUAUGCGAAUAAUGUCCUCUCUGCUGCUUCCAUUGAUGGUAAAAGAACGCUUUAAGUUGAAAGAGAUCAGAGACUCUGUAGAAAUCACAUUUAACACUGGAUUUUGGUUUUCAUGAAUGGACCUCAAGCACUUGUUCUCUGAUGACUCUCUGAUAACAAUUGGGGAUUUAAUCUACUCAAAUAAAAGAUGAGCCUGACGCUGGAAUUUUCCAGUUGGUAUCAGUCUGAACGUUUGGUUCUUGCCAUGUCAUUGUCGAAGACCUUUUCGGAGCGCAUAGAUAUCAAGACCAGGUUAUGCAGGCUCUUCGGAUGAAGGUCAUUCGAUGUAAAAUAUUGCAGGUAAUCGCUGGAAAAUUUUGAACUUUUUUCAAGUCCAGCUAGAUUGGCAUGUAAUUAUUUGUCUAUUUCGUUCGUGUAUGCUAGGUUUUCAUCGUCUUCAUUUGCAAUUUUAUUUAAAUAAAAGAUGAACACCGAUUUCUGUUUCUUA